AUAUUAACGAAAUAAAUGGAGAAAAAAGAAAGAAAUGAAAAGAUCGAACGAUGGCGUUGAACUUUUAAUUAGGUUGCAUUAUAACGAUAUCUUUAUACAGGAUAUCCGUGUAUUAAGGUAGUAUCUCAUAGCGGUGUUCUUAGCUACUGAGGUACCUAGCAACUCUUGAAUUGAACCUUCUUCACAACUUACAAUACAAACAUAACAAAAACAACAUCGCCGCGUCAUGUCGCAAAAUAAAGCCGCCAAGGGCGGCGCUGCUUCAAAAGGCAAGAAAUCUAGUAAGACUGGAGCUGAAGAUAAAAGAGAAGAUGCCCUUCAAGCAGUUCUUAUAGCAGAUUCUUUUCAGACUAGAUUCCAUCCAUUCACGGUAGAAAAGCCAAGAUGCCUCCUCCCCCUUGCGAAUACACCUCUCAUCGAGUACUCCCUCGAAUUCCUGGCUGCGAAUGGUGUGCAAGAAGUCUUCAUAUACUGCGGCGCCCAUCAUGAACAAAUCGAACGACACAUCCACAACUCGAAGUAUUCACCCAAUUCUAAGCUUUGUCCUUUCUCGAGCCUCGAAUUUAUACGUGUUGCCGAUGCUCGGUCUAUAGGUGAUUUCCUCCGAGACCUCGACAAGCGCAACAUAAUUGGAGGUGAUUUCGUAUUGGUACAUGGAGACUUAGUCGCCAAUAUUCCCCUUGACGAGGCAUUGGCAGCGCACAGAGCACGCAGAGAAGCAAACCGCGACUCAUGUAUGACUAUGGUAUUACGAGAAGCUGGUGAAGAAGCACACAACACUAAGACGAAAGGGCUGACCCCAUCAUUCAUAAUCGACCCGAAUGCUAAGAGAUGUCUACACUACGAAGAGAUACACCCACUACAAACUGAGCAUUACCUUACGCUAGAUCCGACUAUACUAGAGAACCGCGAAGCAGAAGCACGAACAGACCUCAUCGAUGCCGAAAUAGAUAUUUGCACUCCAGAUGUGCUCGCCUUAUGGUCGGAGAGUUUCGACUACGAGUUACCGCGCGCAAACUUUUUACACGGUGUACUUAAAGACUGGGAACUGAACGGGAAGAUGAUCCAUACCGAAAUUAUUAAUGAGGGUUACUGCGCGCGAGUGAGUAAUCUUCAACAAUAUGAUGCUAUCGCUCAGGAUGUAUUGAGGGGCUGGACUUUCCCCUUUACGCCGGAAUGCAACCUCUUCCAAGGACAGACCUAUCAACAACGAGGCAACGACUCUUACCAGGACGACGACGCUGAAGUUGAGGAUCAAGACGAAAUAUAUCGCUCUAUCGUUGGAAAAGAUACGCACAUUGGAUCGGGGAGCAUUGCUAGAGCUAGUGUUGUCGGUCGGAAUUGCAAGAUUGGAACCAAUGUCCGGAUCGUAAACAGCUUCAUAUGGGACGACGUUACGCUCGAAGAUAACGCGAUAAUAGAACAUUCGAUAAUCGCCGAUAGGGGAGUGAUAGGAAAAGAUACGUAUGUCCACGACGGCUCUCUUAUAUCAUACGGAGUUCACUUGGGCAGCCAUCUGCACGUCAAGGCUGGUACUGUGGCAUCACUUCUUUCCCACACCGGGCAGCCGGUAUUGACACAACCGAAUAUUGUCGGUUCAGAGGGCAAAGGUGCCCUUUUCGAGCCUCCGGAAGAUGAAGAAGAUCUUGAUGACCCAGCGAUAUUACAGAAGACUCUAAAUUACACCAUUGUGGGACUCGAUGUCUCUGAUUCUUCUGUUUCGACACUUGCAGAUGAUGACUACUUGUCUGACACAUCGGGACCGGUCUCGCCUUCUGCUAGUCAGCCUACUUCUAGGUCACGAUUAUCCUCAUUUGCAUCUGACGACUCGGGAGCACCGAAUUUCUCUUCUUUCCAUUCUGAUGCGGUUCACGGUUUAUUGGAUGUCCUUCGCGGCAUAUCGGGCAACUUCGAAUCCGAAAAGCUUGAGUUCACCUCGUUGCGACUCGCUAAUAAUGCCUCUGAUGCCGCGAUGAGGAAAGCUGUCGCAACCGCUUUCGUCCGCCGCGCAGUCGAGCUUAUGAAUUCGGAUGGCGAAGCGUUAGAGCCGUCGAAAGCUGCUAAGCAGGUACUUACGUCACGAGAGGGUGCUACGGAAUUCGUCACAGAAGUCGGUGUCGGUGACCAUUCCGUAGCAGAACAAGUCGAGUUUGCGCUGGCGGUACAAAAAGCUUGCGCGAGUAGCGCUAAGAUAGUUGAGGUCGCGAAGGCUGGGAACCUUCUUGCUGCUAUGCUGCAGCAGAUGUACGACCUGGAUAUCCUGGAAGAAGAGGGAAUUCUGGGUUGGUGGGAAGAUGAUAGGGGUAAAGAAGAGGGCUUGCUAUCGGGUGUAAGGGAGAAGAGCCAGGCAUUGGUUGAGUGGUUGGAGAAUGCUGAUGAGGAGGAGAGUAGUGAGGAAGAGGAUGAUGACGAGUAGGGGUUGGUCUAUGAUGGUAGUAUGCAUGGCAAAUUGGCUUGACGUUACGCCUUGCAGAAACCGUUUGGUAUAACAUAUCAAGGAUGAAACUCUAUAUCGGAACUCAUCGUGCUUCGCGCUGAAAGAGGUCGUUGCUUUCCAGUAUCGACGAGGAGCCUACGAGUCGACAAGGGUAAAGUGGCUAUGGUGUCUAAAAGUUUAGAGCGAUGUUUUAAUGCGAUUAAUAUCUAGUUUGGCGCUGUCGCUAUUACUGGAUACGCCGAGGGUGAUGUUGGGGGCGGGUGGUUCAAGGGUCCCCUCUCCAUAUAACGGCGAAUGCAUCUAACAUAAUAUAGAGUGAACACUACUUUGAUCAAAGACCUUACAAGAGUCUUGAGAAUGGUGCUAUGAUUCUGGUCUAUAGAUGUUAUAUCCGUAUUAUGCAUUUGUUGGGUGGAUUACAAACUCAUCCACUUAUAUAACCAGUCUCUGGUUGGUGGAAACUCCAGCUUUAAGUGGAUGUAUACCGU